GCAAGAAAGUCUUUCUCAUUUUUAACGAAUCAAAUCUUUGCUUGGGUCAAUGUCCAAACACUAUCCCCAGUUCUUUAUUCACGAAGCGAAUCUGGAUAGCCUCUUCUCUCCACCGCCGGAUUCAGCCUUCUCCCUGACUUCCUCCGAGCUUUGUCUGCCACCAUUACACACGUCAUGUAGUCUCCUUCCUGCAGAAACCGAACUCUGUGUAAGGAUGAGUUCCUCAAACUUGACGACGAUCUCUUCUUCUCUCUCUCGAACUAGAGCAAACCCAGAAUUCAAGACAAGAGAGAUGGAAGUGAGAAGCGAGCUAAAGCAGAAUAUUUACGAGAUUUUCAAAGACUUUAUGACGGGGAUCACAAAGCUUGAGGAACUAGAUAAUGCUACAAACAUCUUUCUUCUACGCUUUCAGCAAGGACUCUGCUUGCUCAAACGCUCUCCAAUACUCACUUCCUCCAAGUUGAUCGAGAACAUUCUCAAGAACAAUGAAACAAGACGGCUUAAAUCAUACGUAGAAGCAGGCUGUAUUAACAUCGAUGAUGCUGCACGAAGCACACGGGCUUUGCAUACAUCUCUAUCAGGACUUUCUGACCACCUAAUCAAAGCUCAAAGCUUGUUAUCUGACCUCGAGCGUCUCACUGAUGAUGCCGCCCUUGCAAUUGAGACUGCAACAAAGCUCUCCACACAACUGGAUGAAGAAUCAAGUGAUGAUUUGCGACAAGUGACGAGUGAAGAGAACGAAACUGUACAUUUUGCUCAAGAACCUGAAGUUACAGAGUACGCUACAAUUAUUGCAGUGGUUUACAGUAUGGUGAAGCAGAACUAUGUUAUGCAGGAAAAGAUUGUGAGAUCGCUUAGUUUGAAGACCUCAUUUGAUGAACUAGAUACUUACACUCUGAUGUGGUCAUUGCGUCCGUUUGUAGAAGACGAGAUUAUGAACAGAGCAUGGAAAUGUAUCUACUAAUACACACUUAUUCAAUCAGUCUGUCACUUAUUCAAUCAGUUUUGUUCGAUUAGUUUGUUACUUUGUUUCCCAUUUAUUGAAAAGAAAGCUAAUACAAGCUUUGUUCACAUGGUUGAAUUGCUUAAACUAAUAUGAUUAGGUUGCUAGUGAUUUUACUAAACAUAUUAGUGAAGAACUCAUUUUUUCUUCUCGAAAAUGAUAUUUUUACUCUCUCACCCUCAUCAUCUUCAAGUAAUUACAAGAUUGUCAUUGUCAUCAAUACCCUAACCACCAUGAACAACCAAUUUGAAGCUCCCAAAAUCGAUUUACCCUUCUUCUUUCUCCAUUCUUAUGAACUAAACAUAACAUCUCUCUCACUUUUUCUCUACAUUAAGCUAAAAAACCCCAAGAUUUUGAUUCUAUAUUUUUUAUGGUUCAUAGAGUCAAAGAAGCUAACGAUUCUAGGUAGGUCGCUUUCGUUUGAGAUUUUGUGUUCUUGGAAAAGCCUUAUGUGUGCUAAGGAAGUUAUCUCACCAAUUUAAGGUAUAAAAUCGAGUUUUUUUUCCAGAUCUGUUCGUCAGGUAAGUCGUCUGGUCAACGCAUAUGUUAUUUUUGCAAUUGACUUUGAAAUUUGUUUUCUGAGACGAUUGAAAGUUAAGUCGUCUGAUUUUGUUUGGUUACAAAAAAAUCUCCAAAGAACCUAGACGACCUACAUUUCAGUCGUCAUAAGUUAAUUUUGCAUUUGACUGGAUUAUUUCAGAAGACUUUCCUGGACGACUGACAUUUCAGUCGUCUGGUGAAAAUUGAAAUAUCAAUAUUUUAUUAAAACUAAACGACUUACAAUUAAGUCGUCAUAGGUUAGUUUAAACUGACCAUCCGCUUCCUUUGUUUCAGAUUUGAAACCGCGUCUCUUUGAACACCACCGCCGGUAAGUUAUUUCUCUUGUCUUAAGGCGUUUAGCCGCCGUAAAACCCUAAAAAUUGUAGUCUUAAUUCUUCUUUUCCCGUCGAUUUUUGCAGAUCUGUAAUCGUUAGAGACCAUAUCUUCUCCGACUGUAAGUCAUCCAUCUUUUAAAGAAACAGUUUUUGUAUUUAUUCAGAAAGACUGCUCAGACGACUUCCUGGAAGUCUUCCAUAGUCUAAGACUUCGUAGAAGACUUCCUGAAAAUCUUCCAGAGUGUAAGACUUCGUAGAAGACUACUUGGAAGUCUUUCUGACGACUUAAGUCUUUGUUGGAAGUCUUCCAGAGUGUAAGACUUUGUUGAAGACUUCCUGGAAGUUGUCUCAGUAGUCUUCACACUAAAAUUUACAUGCAAUUUACAUGCAAGCCUUCUCAGUAGUCUUAUGUGUUUGAGAUGCUUGUUUUCGAUUGUUUUGCAGGCCAGAAAUUGGAUUUACCAGCACUCCCGCAGAGGAUAUAUACAUUAGGGGAAGAGCCCCCUGCACAUAAGAGCAUUUUGUAUCACACUGAUGACACAAAUUCAUUUAAUGUUCUAAGGCAAGCUCUAAACGAUGACGAAUAUGAGGAGCUGAAGGAGUCGAAGUUUGUUCAUCAAGUUCAAGGAGAUGAAUUUUGGUUGGGCUUCAAGGCUGGUUCAUUAUAUGCUCAGUUUCCAGCUUAACAUCAAGAAGAAGUAUGAGCUCUGGAGUCUUGUUGGUCCACAAUCGGCGAGGUUUUCACUGUUUGAAUUUGAACACCUCAUUCGUCUGAACUGCGAUUACAUCGAGGACCUGGAAAAUCCAAGGGUUGAGGUUACGAAGGAGAUGGCUGCUUUCUGGGAGAUGAUGGGUGUUGAUGUCGAUGUUGGGCCAACUACUGAACAUAUAAAAGCAACAUUUGUGAGAUGCGAGGAGUGGUCUCGGGAAGAUCGCAUGCGGCUCGGAUACCUUGCCAUCUUCACUGGAUUCAUUGAAGGGAGAAAGUACUCAACCGCUACACGGGCUAGUCUUGCAAGACUAGUGAUGAAUUUAGAAAGAUUUGAGAAUUAUCCUUGGGGGAGAGUGGCGUUUAAGGUGCUGAUGGAGUCUGUGAAGGGUGUAAAUUUGGAAUCAAAUUCAUACACUAUUGAUGGGUUUGUUCAAGUUCUUCAGGUGUGGGCAUACUUUGCUCUGCCAGGAUUUGGUGCUAAUUAUGGGCAUCCCCUUACCAAACAGACCGUCUCCGCUGAUGCUGGCCUACAAUGGUGGCAAAGGACACAGAUUUUUUAAAAAGGCCAGUAGCAGACAUGUAUUUAAACUUCACUCCCUAAGACUUCAAAGAAGACUUUAAAGUAAGUCAUCCAGAGAAGACCUCGUAGAAGAGUUAAAGUUAUGUCGUCUAGGCGACUUAACUUUAAGUCUUGUCUGGAUGACUUACCAGACGACUUACUUUAAAGUUUUCUGUGAAGUCUUUUCUGGAUGAUUUCAGUCUUUGUUAUCUGAGUUGAUAAUUCUAUCUUUUAUUUUUGCAGACUAGCGUGAUCAACUUCGUCCAGAAGGACUUUGUUGAGAUGUUUCCACGAUGGGACUUUGAUGUAUAAGACCCAGCCGCAGAGAACAUAAUUAAAGUCAUGUUUAAUGCGAAAGCUAUUUGGAACUGGACCAUGAAUUGCUGGAAAGUCACCGAUACUAAACCGAGAGUGAGGAAGGAAAAUAGUGCAGCGGAGACAGGGAGUGGUGUGAAGGAGGAAAGUGCAGUAUCUCGGAAGAAAUCUCGUAAAACGGCUUCUGUUGAGGCUAGUAAAGUGCCUUCUAUUGAGGCACGUGCUGAGGCUCGUUCAGAGGCUUCUACGUCUGUUGGUGGGAUGACCAAAGAGAAAAUUGAAAAAAGCUUCAAGGACAUAGCUGAUGUCAUGAGGGAUGAGUUUGGGAUGUGCCUUAGGGAGAUCAAGUUGCUGGGGGAUAGGAUAUAAGCUAUGGAGAAGAAGGUGGGAAUCACCAAAAAGGGACUAUAUCUAAUGAACUUCAAAUGACAACUUCAAAUCCGGAAAAGCGUGGGCACGAACCUGGGGUUAGUACCAAAACUUCUCCCAAAAUCACAGAGAAGAGAUUGACUCGAAAAAGUGCUAGGAAUAAGGAAUGAUGUGUUUUGUUUCUUGUAUGUUUUGUUUCUUGUAUGUCGGGACAUGUGUGUUUGUUUCUAGUGUGCUUGGAUCAUUUGCUUAUGUAUGGAUUUUGUUUCAUCCUUUGAAUUGGAUAUUUGGUUAAUAUUUUAUAAACACAUUUUGUACAUCGAAAUUGCAGAGUGAGAGUGUGAAUGAGGCGAAAGCAGGACAAAAUGGAGCGAAAACAGGACAGAAUGGGGCGAAAGCAUAACAUAAUGACCCCCAAGAAACGAGUUCCUCGAAAGCCAUGAGUCUUGUGAUAGCAAAUGAGCCCGAGGAGAAACCUCCAGAACAGAGUGGUGAACUUAGUGUUCUUGUAUUGGACAAAGAUGUACCCACUGAUUCAAAUUUACAGAAUGGGGAAACUAGAAGGCAAAGAAAGAGGAAUACUGCUAUGGCACAUGUCCGUGGAAAUAGUGAGCGAGCAAGGAAACUUGCUGUCUCACAGCAAACUCCUUUCCAGGGAAACAACACUGCCAAAGUGAUCAUUCCAAACAAAAGGGUUGGCCAAGGCUAUGAUCCUUUUGCACUCUAUGGCAAGAAGAUGUCGAAGGUGCUCACUGACUUGGACAUUUACGUGGUUUUUUUGUCCAUAGGUGUUUUAAAGUAUUAAACAAAAUGCAAAAAAUGAGGGUUCGUAGCAGGAAGACGGAAUCAAGCUGUUUAUCUGUGAGAAUAUAGAAUCAAGAUGUUUAUCAGUGAGAAUAUAGAAUCAAGAAGUUUAAGGGGAUGUUAGUGGGACUUAGAUUUCUAUAGAGUUUGUUGAUUUUAAAAUUUGAGAGAUUUGUUAAAUUUGGAGAGAGUUGUAGAGAAUUUUGUAUAUUGCGAAAAUCUAUGAAAAUAAAGUAAUGUAAUGAUUCUAAGAAUUCAAGUGAAACAUGUAGUAUUCUCAAAAUCUUGUUUUGUGAGUUAAAAUGUUAAUAAUUCAAUUGCCAAUAACACUUACUUUUAAUAGAUUUGUAGAAUCAUUAAAAUCUAAAUUUUAAGAAUAACAAAUGAUUUUGUAUAGAAUUAUAGAAUCAUCAAACCAAUAACACUAGAUUUUAAAGAGAAUAUGAAAAUCUAUAAACCAAUAACACUAUUCUAAGACUCAUUAUAAAUCCAAUUCCCACUAACACCCCCUAAGAAGCGGCAUCUAAUCUUCCAUUUGGAGUUUAUCUGUGAAUCGCUAGAGCCGCAACAGUCCAGAACUUCGAGGGCGAGAGAUAAAGUUCGAGGGCGAGAGACAGAGUUCGCCGGAGAGAGAAAUCUAAGAGAUGUGGAUUUGGAAAGGUUAGAUUUGGAUCUAAUUUUAGAUUUUGCUUUCUGGAUCUAGAAGAUGUCGCCAGAGAGAGAAAUUAGGGUUCAUUUGUUUUGAAAAAAGUAAAAAAAAAGGGAAGAAAUAAGGUAAUAUAAGUGCUUUUGUAAAAGGAUAAAAAUAAGGAACCGGUUUGUUUAAAAGGAUUGGUUACCAAAAUUAGUUAGUUGGAUGAGUUUUGUAGUUAACUCAAGAUGUCUUUUAGUUGAGGGUUAUCUUAGUAAAUGUAGCAGUCAUCGAGCCAACACUGCGUCAACGCCAAGGACUCUAUGGAGAUAAGCUAUUCCGAGUAGACCUACUGUCAUCUCCGUCAACUGCAAGAACCUGUCCACCCCGUCUCAACCUCCUUCCUCACCUAGGAAGUGAAACCGAAAAAUAUCAGUUCACUCCUCCACUGCCAUGUGCUCUCACUCCAACAAGUCGAAGGAAAACUCUGAAGUAUUGUGUAAGGAGACUCGACCGUCCCGAAAAGUUUAGCCUCUUACCCGACGUUUGCUCAAACACGCUCAACCAGAACGAGUGCGAUGACAAUAUGCUCAGGUCUAUUCCGGUUAUAAACUAUUGGCUUCGACACGGUAAUGUUGAGGUCCAAGGUUUUCACCCGAUUGAACCGUUCACUCCGUCAUCCACCUCCACUGUCCUAUGCGUCACUAUGAAGGCUAAGUUACCUUUUGAGAUUCACCUAGUCUCGUUGAGAAGCUUUGUUGAGUUUAAAAUUGAUCGUGUCAACUUCAGUACCGAAUCCAGUCAUAUAGGACUUCUUCCUCUCGGUGUUGCCCAAGGUCCUAGAGCUUCUCACCAAAAGUUCUUGGCAGGUAACAAUCCAGUCGCUUCUCAUUGGUGUAUCAACGUCGAUUUCGACUAUCAAUUGUUCUCGCGAACAAUCGCCUUAGGGAUUAGGGUGAAACUUCUCCAUGGGGUUCUUCAUCUUGCUGAACUUGACUCGCUUCUUAUAGGCUUUAUCUUUCUAUGUUUCAUAAUGCUUUCUACUUUUGUUGUACUGUCGAGCAUGAUUCCAGAAUCUUCUGUUUUAGUUGUAAACUCUUACUAGAUUUUGACCCGCGCUUUCAAAGCGCGGGUUUAUUUUUGUUUUUUUUUUCAAUUGACAAAUAUUUAGUAAACUAGGUGAUAACCCGCGCCGUGCGCGGGGUGUAAAAUCUAUAAAUAAAAUUUGAUUUGAAUAAUGUAUAGAGUUUAUAUUACGUUGAUUAAUGGUUAUUGAACAUCUAAAAUAAUGAAAAAAUAUAUUUUUGUCUCUACGCAUAAUAAUUACAAUUCAAAAUAUAGCGCAAACGGAUUGGACCCGUAUUAUAAAAUUAAGAUAUAAGGCCACAAAAGAUUGUACACCAUACUGUAUUGUAUCUAACUUAUUGGGCUUACAAUAUCAAAUGGGCUAUGUUUUUGUUUUGUUCUCUGUUUACUCAAGAGAAACGACAGAAAAAAAAAAUCUCUACGGUGUUUCGAUGGUCGCAAUAGAAAGGGGAUAAGGGUUCCUCAAUUCGGAGUGGACCCAACCAGCGAAAAAGAUUCGAUGGCUUAAACUGGUUCGCUUUCUUCAGCGAGGGUUCGUUUAUCUCGCAAACCAACCGCUUCACCUUAGUCAAUUCAGUCCCACCAAUAGCAUUCAUAUAGCAAGAAGAUGACUUCAUAUUUGCAGAAGGUAUGUUCUCUCCAAAUACGUAUUGAAUGAAGAGCUUCUCCGUUGUACAGAAGAUCACAAUAACAGAAAAAGUGGAUGCAGAAUUUUGGAAACAUUUGCUUGCUAACAAAGAAGAGGAUGAAUAAAAUAGAACAUCACAAUAGCCAAAUGCCAAAGGAAAACGUGUCGACAAAGCAAAUCAAAACCACAUCCAAUUGUGGUUUUUCUUCGAGGUGGAGGUGCAGACAACACAAUGAGACCUAACACUCGAAACAAGAACAAAAGGCAAAGACCUUCCGAAAGGCAAAGACUUCGUAGAAGACUACUUGGAAGUCUUUCUGACGACCUAAGUCUUCGUUGGAAGUCUUCCAGAGUGUAAGACUUUGUAGAAGACUUCCUGCCAGAAAAUGGAUUUACCAGCACUCCCGCAGAGGAUAUAUACAUUAGGGGAAGAGCCCCCUGCACAUAGGAGCAUUUCGUAUCACACUGAUGACACAAAUUUAUUUAAUGCUCUAAGGCGAGCUCUAAACGAUGACGAAUAUGAGGAGCUGAAGGAGUCGAAGUUGGGAGUAUUCUUCAAGUUCAAAGAGAUGAAUUUUGGUUGGGCUUCAAGGCUGGUUCAUUAUAUGCUCUGUUUCCAGCUUAACAUCAAGAAGAAAUAUGAGCUCUGGAGUCUUGUUGGUCCACAACCGGUGAGGUUUUCACUGUUCGAGUUUGAACACCUCACUGGUCUGAACUGCGAUUACAUCGAGGACCUGGAAAAUCCAAGGGUUGAGGUUACGAAGGAGAUGGCUGCUGUCUGGGAGAUGAUGGGUGUUGAUGUCGAUGUUGGGCGAACUACUGAACAUACAAAAGCAGCAUUUGGGAGAUGCGAGGAGUGGUCUCGGAAAGAUCGCAUGCGGCUCGGAUACCUUGCCAUCUUCACUGGAUUCAUUGAAGGGAGAAAGUACCCAACCGCUACACGGGCUAGUCUUGUAAGGCUAGUGAUGGUUUUAGAAAGAUUUGAGAAUUAUUCUUGGGGGGAGAGUGGCGUUUAAGGUGCUGAUGGAGUCUGUGAAGGGUGUAAAUUUGGAAUCAAAUUCAUACACUGUUGAUUGGUUUGUUCAAGUUCUUCAGGUGUGAGCGUACUUUUCUCUGCCAGAAUUUGGUGCUAAUUAUGGGCAUCCCCUACCAAACAGACCGUAUCCGCUGAUGCUGGCUUACAAUGGUGGCAAAGGAUGCAGAUUUUUUAAAAAGGCCAGUAGCAGACAUGUAUUUAAACUUCACUCCCUAAGAUUUCACAGAAGACUUUAAAGUAAGUCAUCCAGAGAAGACCUCAUAGAAGACUUAAAGUUAUGUCGUCUAGGCGACUUAACUUUAAGUCUUCUCUGGAUGACUUACCAGACGACUUACUUUAAAAUUUUAUGUGAAGUCUUUUCUGGAUGAUUUCAGUCUUUGUUAUCUGAGUUGAUAACUAUAUCUUUUAUUUUUGCAGACUAGCAUGAUCAACUUCGUCCAGAAGGACUUUGUUGAGAUGUUUCCACGAUGGGACUUUGAUGUAUAAGACCCAGCCGCAAAGAACAUAAUCAAAGUCAUGUUUAAUGCGAAAGCUAAUUGGAACUGGACCAUGAAUUGCUGGGAAGUCACUGGUACUAAACCGAGAGUGAAGAAGGAAGAGAGUGCAGCGGAGACAGAGAGUGGUGUGAAGGAGGAAAGUGCAGUACCUUGAAGAAAUCUCGUAAAGCGGCUUCUGUUGAGGCUAGUAAAGUGCCUUAUACUGAGGCACAUGCAGAGGCUCGUUCAGAGGCUUCUACGUCUGUUGGUGGGAUGACCAAAGAGCAAAUUAAAAAAAGCUUCAAGGACAUAGCUGAUGUCAUGAGGGAUGAGUUUGGGAUGUGCCUUAGGGAGAUCAAGUUGUUGGGGGAUAUGAUAUAAGCUAUGGAGAAGAAGGUGAGAAACACCAAAAAGGGACUGCAUCUAAUGAACUUCAAAUGAUAACUUCAAAUCUGGAAAAGCGUGGGCACGAACUUGGGGUUAGUACCAAAACCUCUCCCAAAAUCACAGAGAAGAGAUUGACUAGAAAAAGUGCUAGGAAUAAGGGAUGAUGUGUUUUGUUUCUUGUAUGUCGGAACAUGUGUGUUUGUUUCUAGUGUGCUUGGAUCAUUUGCUUAUGUAUGGAUUUUGUUUCAUCUUUUGAAUUGGAUAUUUGGUUAAUAUUUUAUAAACACAUUUUGUA